AUGAUCCCUUUUUUUGAUCUAAAGCCGCUGCACAACGAGUUGGCUGGGCCGCUCCAAGAUGCCGUUGCGCGCGUGCUAGACAGCGGCUGGUACGUUCUCGGGCCCGAGGUUGAGGCUUUCGAGAACGAGUUGGCCAAUUACCUGCAGAUUGGGAAUGCGGUCGGGGUGGCCAACGGAACCGACGCGAUCGAACUCGCGCUGCGAGCGUUGGAUAUCAAGCCGGGUGCCGAGGUGAUUACGGUCUCGCAUACGGCGGUGCCAACGAUUACGGCCAUCGAGCGAGCCGGCUGUCGACCGGUGUUCGUGGACAUCGACCGAGAGACGUACACGCUCGAUCCGCGUUGCCUGGAAGCUGCCAUCACCUCUCGCACCGAGGCAAUCGUUCCCGUCCAUCUUUACGGUCACCCGGCCGACAUGCCGGCGAUCGUGGAGAUCGCCCGACGAUACAAACUGGCCAUCGUAGAAGAUUGUGCUCAGGCGCUCGGGGCUCAGUGUCAAGGUCGACCGGUUGGCACCUGGGGCGACGCUGCGGCAUUGAGCUUCUAUCCAACUAAAAACCUGGGCGCUUGCGGAGAUGCGGGAGCGGUGGUGACGAACGAUCGGACCGUGGCCGAAAAGGCAAAGCGACUUCGCUUUUACGGACAGGUGGACCGAGAACACUUCAACGAACGUGGAAUCAAUAGCCGACUGGAUGAGAUGCAGGCGGCGAUCCUGCGUGUGAAGCUCGAGCAGCUCGAUGACGACCUCAAACAACGUCGCGAGCUUGCGGCUCUCUACGAUGCGGUACUGAAGGGAGUGACCCUGCCAGUGACACGGCCCGAUUGCACGCACGUCUACUGUUUAUAUGUCGUGCGGCAUCCGCAGCGUGACGUCAUUCGCGAUGCCUGUCAGGAGCACGAGAUUGGAACUUUGGUUCACUACCCCAUUCCGGUCCAUCGGCAGCAGGCGUUCGCUGACCUGGGGUAUGGCGUAGGAAGUCUGCCUGAGACGGAAGCGGCGGUGAAGGAGAUUGUCUCGCUCCCGCUUUAUCACGGACUGUUGCCGGAAGAGGUUCAACAAGUUGCCGAUGUGGUGAGCCAGUGCGUAGCGGGGGUAACCAUCGCCGAUUCGAUGAUUCCCGGAUACGGCGGAAACCUGUUCAACAUCGAACCCAUCGCCGACCGGGUGACGGUCAAUUACAGCGACAUUCGCGAUGUGAAUGUGAUGAACUACCUGGUACGCGAGAAACACUUUGUGUUUCAUCUGGCGGGCCAGGUUGAUCACAUCAUGAGCCUGCACGAUCCGUUCCCUGAUAUCGACAUCAACGUCAAAGGGACGGCCGUGGUGAUGGAAGCUUGCCGGCAACACAACCCCGAUGUUUGCGUGAUUUACACGGGCACUCGCGGGCAGUACGGCAAGCCGAACAAACUUCCGGUGGACGAGACGGCCCCGCUGCAGCCGCUGGGCAUCUACGAGAUUACUAAUGUGGCGGCUGAGCAGAUCAUUGAAGCCUAUCACUAUGUGUUUGGUGUGCGUUCGUGCCUGUUACGGCUGACCAACACUUACGGGCCCCGCGCUCAGAUGCAACACUCGCGGUACGGCGUGGUGAACUGGUUCGUGCGGCUGGCGAUGGACGACCAGACCAUUCCCGUGUUUGGCGAUGGCCAGAUCAAACGCGACUUGAUUUAUGUCGACGACUGCAUCGACGCGUUGCUGCGAGUCGCGGCGAGCGACAAUGCCUGGGGCGAGGCGUUCAAUGUUGGCUACGAUCAACCGAUCACAUUCCUUGAGCUGGCCGAUACGGUGGUGAAGGCCGCCGGCAGCGGGCGACGUGAGUUGGCGCCAUUCUCGCCCGAGCGCGCCGCCCAAGAGCCAGGCGAUUUCUAUUCCGACAUCAGCAAGAUCGAGCGAUUUCUUGGUUGGCGGCCAAAGACAGGGCUGCUGGAAGGUCUAACUCGCACUGCCGACUACUACCGCCAACAUCGCAAACAUUACUGGUAG